CCUCUGUCCACUCUCCUGUCUCUCAAGCCCAGCUCGGAGGCUGUAGGUCUCUAUGACGACCAGAGGCUUGGAGGACCUGGAUGGGGGCCUGGGCAGCUGCCUCCCCACUGAUGAUCUCCUGUUCCUAGAGGAGACCUCAGGCCGGCGGCCAGACAGCAAGGCUCGAGGGACAUCCAGGCCGGCUGACUCCAGCAGCUGGACCCAUGUCCUUCAGGAUCCAGUUCCUGCUGGCGCUGGGGAUGCCGGGCUGAAGAAGAUGGAAAAGGAGCUUGCUGGCAGGGAGGGCACAACAACCAGCAAAGCUGGAACAAGCCCCCGGAGCGUUCCUGCGCGUAAGAAGCAGCAGGUUGCACCUCCCCUGCAGCCGCCCCCGCCGCCGCCUCCAAGCGACAAUGACCUGCCCUGGGGAGAUCUGACGCUCAACAAGUGCCUGGUGCUGGCCUCGCUGGUGGCCCUGCUGGGCUCGGCUCUCCAGCUAUGUCAGGACGCAGUGGCUGGGGAGUCCGUGGCUGCCCCACAGCAGUGGGUCUCGCCCAGCUCUCCACCCAAGAAGCCAGCGGCAGCGCCUAAGCCUCCAGUUUUGGUGCCCCCACCCGGGCCUCCUCAGCCGAAGCCUGGGCCACCAGCACCCCAGGCACGGAUGCAGAAUGAGCCUGAGCUUCCCGGGAGGCCUGAGGCUACAGAAACCCAGGUAGAACCUGGAGAGUCCAUCUCGGAAGCCUCUGGGGAGGAGCGCGCACCGAUUGGGGACCAAGGGUCCCAGGAGAAGCCACGGAAAGAGAAGCCAAGGAAAGGGGAAAAACUGAAGAAGGAGAAGCCGAGAAGAGAAAAGCCGAAGAGGGAGAAGCCACAGGUCACUAGGGAGCCCCGCCAAUCACUGCCACGGCGCUGGGAGGCGCGGGAAGGAGGCCAUCGGCCAUGGAGGCGGGACUCCAGGGUCCUCGAGCUUGGGAAGCUUCAAGCCUGGGCUCCCCGGCGACGGCACGACCGUGAUGACCGGCCCAGACAGAAGCCCCGUGGAGGAAAGGGGCGUGACUGAUCCUGCCCCUCUCCCAGUAGCACCAGCCAAUAAAGGCCGUGCUGUGACAGCCA